AUGAACAACACCAACAACAACAUCAACAACAACAUCAACAAUAACAACAACAGUGCCAACACUGUAGAUACCAAUGCUACAACCCACAGCGCAAAUAUCAGUUGCAAUUGGAACAUCAUCAAUAGUGACAACCCUAACAACAACAUCAACAACAACAACAACAGCAUGAACAAUAACAACAACAACAGUGCCAACAAUGUAGAUACCAACGUCACAACCCACAGCGCAAAUAUCACUUGCAAAUGGAACAUCAUCACUAGAAGCAAGAAGAACCACAGCGAUGAUAAUAAUAAUAAUAACGUUAACAAUAAUAAUAAUGUUUUUCAAUAUUGUCAAAAUAAUAUUAAUAAUAUGUAG